ACAACCCCGCGCCACGCAUCACCCGCGUAGGAAGGAAGGGAGAAGGGCUCGGGAUCUGAAGAAAAUAGUCGGAGAAGAAGCCCAAGUCUCCGCACGGCGCCUGGCUCUAUAAAUACUCCUCUCGGCUUCUCGUCUUCGUGCUUUUCCUGCUGGCGUCUUGGCGUCGUACGAGAUCUUGCCGCCGGCGCUCGAGCUCGUCCUCGGAGGGAUGGCGAUCGCGAGGGCGAGCUCCGGCCCCGCUUACCCAGAGAGGUUCUACGCCGCUGCCGCCUACGCCGGAUUCGGCGGAUCCUCCAACUCCUCCUCGACCGGCGCGAUCUCCAAGUUCCAGAAUGAUGUCGCUCUCUUGCUCUAUGGGCUCUACCAGCAAGCAACGGUAGGGCCUUGCAAUAUUCCAAAACCCAGGGCAUGGAAUCCUGUGGAGAACAGCAAAUGGACCAGUUGGCAUGGGCUUGGGAACAUUCCUUCAACAGAGGCAAUGCGUCUUUUUGUGAAAAUUUUGGAGGAGGAAGAUCCUGCUUGGUAUUCAAGUGUCACUGUGGAGCCUACUGUAGAUGUUGAGAUGCAUAAGUCAAAAGUGGAGCCAGCAACUCAGUCUGCCACCCCUAACGGAAAUUCUUUGCCAGAGACUAAAACUAUUUCAGCAGAAAAUGGAAGUGUGCUGGAGGCCCAGGACAAAGAUGUUGUGAUGGAGGGUCUUAGUUCAGUUGGUAUUUAUGACCAAUGGGUGGCACCUUCAAUAUCUGGACAGCGCCCAAAGCCCCGCUAUGCGCAUGGAGCAGCUAUCGUGCAUGACAAGAUGUAUGUUUUUGGCGGAAAUCACAAUGGUCGUUACCUUAAUGACCUUCAGGUUCUGGAUUUGAAAAGUUUGACAUGGUCGAAGAUAGAUGCUAAAGUGCAAACAGGAUCUCCAGAAUCACCAACCAUAGUGCCAGUAGCUCCUUGUGCUGGCCAUUCUUUGAUUACAUGGGGAAACAAAAUUUUAUCUGUUGCUGGGCACACCAAAGAUCCUUCUGAGACCAUUACAGUGAAGGAAUUUGAUCCGCAGAUUUGUAUAUGGUUGGACUUGAAGACUUAUGGGAAGCCACCGAUUUCCCGUGGAGGUCAAUCAGUGACGCUUGUUGGGAACACUUUAGUCAUGUUUGGUGGUGAAGAUGCAAAGAGAUCUCUUCUAAAUGACUUGCACAUUCUUGACUUGGAAACCAUGACCUGGGAUGAAAUUGAUGCUAUAGGCACUCCUCCUUCUCCAAGGUCAGACCAUUCUGCUGCUUGCCAUGCAGAGCGGUAUCUUUUAAUUUUUGGUGGGGGUUCUCAUGCCACAUGCUUCAAUGAUCUGCAUGUCCUUGACCUGCAGACAAUGGAAUGGUCUACAGCAAAACAGCAGGGUGUAACUCCAGGACCACGCGCUGGCCAUGCGAGUGUAACAGUAGGGGAGAACUGGUUUAUUGUUGGUGGUGGUAACAAUAUAAAUGGGGUCUCUGAGACUCUUGUGCUCAGCAUGUCUACAUUAGUUUGGUCGGUUGUUACCACUGUUCAAGGACGCAUGCCCCUUGCCAGUGAGGGCCUGAGUUUAGUUCCAAGCACCUACAAUGGAGAAGAUUUUCUUGUGUCAUUUGGAGGAUAUAAUGGGCGAUAUAGCAAUGAGGUCUAUGUGCUCAAACCAAGCCACAAAGCAGAUUUGCAGUCCAAAAUUAUAGAGGGGCCUGUGUCAGACAGUAUUGCUGCCCUGCUGCCAACAACAAAUGCCAGUCGGGAUAUGGAACCUGAGAUUGAGGCAGCUCAAGAUGGAAAAAUAAGGGAAAUUAUAAUGGACAAUGGUGAUCCGGAGCUUGUGAAUAUCAGAAGUGAGGAAACAGGUGAACAACUGGUAGCAACACUCAAGGCAGAGAAAGAGGAAUUAGAAGCAACACUUAGCAAGGAACAAUUGCAAAGCCUCCAAUUUAAGCAAGAGCUAGCUGAAGCAGAGACUAGGAAUGCAGAACUUACGAAGGAGCUUCAAUCUGUGCGUGGCCAACUUGCUGCUGAGCAGUCAAGGUGUUUCAAACUUGAGGUCGAUGUUGCAGAGCUACGCCAGAAGCUACAGACAAUGGAGACAUUACAGAAGGAAGUCGAGCUGCUUCAACGGCAGAAAGCUGCUUCUGAACAGGCAGUCUUGAGUGCAAAGCAGAGGCAGAGUUCUGGUGGGGUGUGGGGAUGGUUUGCUGGAAGCCCCCCUGAGAAGUCUGAUUCUUGAUAUAGGAUUAACUUUAUAAACAAGCCGAUGACUCAACCCAUACAGGUUCUCUGCUUGUGAUGAUCAACCCAAAGCUGUGUCCAUUUGGAAUAAUCAUAAAAGGAGGCUGUGAUUAUAUCCCGGAGAGGUGAAAUCUCCAUGUUGCUCCAGGUUGCCUCGAGGUGUCAAUGAAAGCAGGCAGACAUGUCUAUUCCCAUCUAAUUUCUCUUCAAUCCAUGAUGACUUGAAUGCUCGUCUGUUAUACUCCUGUUGGCUCCAUUUUCUUGAGGUCUCAAUUCUGUGGUGGAAGAAAAGGCCACCUCUGGGAUCCUCAGCUGCAGGGAACCAUUUGACACGGAAGGUAGAUGAGUCUUGUAAGUUUAAAUUGCUUUCAGGUAAGACAGUUGGGAUCCAAGCCUUUCCGAUGUUUAUUAUGGUUGAUUAUCCUGCUCCGUGGACUACAGUAGAGAUCAGUCUGGAGUUGAGCCGGGCCAUCUACAAAGGCUCCGUUGAUGCCAGCUGAGCAGUCAAACUAGUGACAAUUUUUCAUCCAAGGCUUGGAAGGGAUGGUUUUGAGCCCCCUUUUUUUUUUUUGCUGGAAAUUGAACAAUGGUUUCGAAGGUCAAAAGGGGAAAUCUAUUAACAGCUAAAUGAUUUGAUAUGGCACGUGAUUAUGGCUUAGUUUUGAAUUACUCAAUUCCUAGAGGAAGAAAAAGGUCAUGUGCCUGCAA